CCGCUUCUGCUUUCUAAAAAAAAUUUUUCAUAUUUAGUUUUGGCAAAAAAGUUUUAUGAAAUUGUUUAAAUAAUUUGUGAAAAAGAGAGGGAGAAACGAAGCAAAUAUUAUACUAUUAGAAAUCGACAUGAAUAUAUACACAGACACAAAAAUAGUUACAGAUAGAUAUAUCUGUUAACUCUCGUCAUCAGAUGGUAUCUCGUGUUCAAUUAAGAGAAACAUAUAAAAAUGGGUGAAUGCGGGAGAGACUGAGUGAGAUAAUGCAAGAGCGUGGGAGAUCUAUCUAUAUAUAUCUAUAACUAUACAUAUAUAUGUAAAAGUACAGUCGUAGAUGCUCGGGUAUCGGGAGUUAAACAUUAUGGAGUACGGCGCGGGUAAUGGUGGGGACAAGGGCAAAGAGGUUUGUUUAUCGUUUAGUGAACGGCAAAAGAGAAUUCGCUAGUCACUAGUCAGUCAGUGCGGUGCUUUCGUCCGUGUACGGUCGGGCGCGUGCUCUCUCUUUUUUCUUCAUCUUAUAACAUACAUCCUGUUUUUAUAUAUUAGCCGACUCUGUAUUCCGGUUUUUUAAAAAUAUAAACGGUUCACUUGAAACUUUCGCGUACGCGUUUUGUAUACCUAUAAAUAUCUUUAAAUACUUGUAUUAAAUAAAAAAUAUAUCGUCGUGUUAAAAAAAUAUAAUUGUGUUAAUAUAUACAUGUAUUGAAACUCCGAUUGAAAUGUGUGUCAAUGAUGCGCAAAUAUAUUUGUCAAAUUAAUAAAAUUAAUAACAAUAAUAAUAAUAAUAAUAAUAAUUGCUCGUAAAUAAAAAGGUACGUACGUUAAAUUAGUACGUGAAUGAAAUUAUGGUGUAAUGAAAGGUUAUUGUGAUAAUUAUCAUUUAAAUCACAAUUAUUAUUUUUGGAAUUUAAUGGUUAUUUUCGGGCUGGCUAAUUGCGUUAGAUAAAAAUUUCAAUAAAGGAAAAAUCUCAGUGUAGCUUAAAUGAAAAUAUUCCCAAUCGAAAUCAAGCGUAUCGAAGUAAACACAAAGAGGGAAUUGGAAACAAUAUUUGCGUCAAAGAGAUAAAGAAUAAAAAUAAACAGGCAUUGCGUAAGUCAAUUUCUAACCGGAUGACUCAGAGAUCCUAUAAAAUCUAGUCACGUGCAGACGAUCCUCAGUUUAUAAAAGCGAAAAUAGUAAAGCUUCAGCUCGGAUCUUAGCGUGUGUCCAAGGCUGUUACCGAGUGCUUGUAGAGAAUAGCAACGAUAAAGGAUUUUCCAGUAGAAUGAGUUCUGAAGUGGCGAUCCUGGGGCUUCUGUUGCUCGCUGCUAUUGUUAAGGCAAAUCGUGAGCUUGAUACCAGUAGGCCCGCAGAGACCAAAAUUGUACGACCUCGAGUUAUCUACCAUAAUCACUUCGCUAUUCACGUACCCGAUGGACCGGAGGCUGCAGCUGCGAUAGCUGGUAAACAUGAAUUUGAUAUCAUAGGCCAGAUUGGUGCCCUAAAAAACUUCUAUCUGCUUACACACAAAGAUGUACACAAACGUUCUCUGGACAGCAGCGAACAUCAUCAUAAACUUUUACGAAAUGAGCCUCAAGUACAGUGGUUUCAACAACAACAUGAGAAACGGAGGAAAAAACGUGACUACCAAAUCCCAUCUUCUUUUAGCUUCAGUGAUUAUCCAAGCAUCUUUGACGAGUUUACAUCGAGACAACGUCCGCCUUUACACCAUCAACGUAAUCGAGGUGCACCGCUGCAAAAUUUAUUUACGGAUCCGCUUUUUAAAGAGCAAUGGUACCUGAAUGGAGGAGCAAAAGAUGGUUUUGACAUGAAUCUUGGCCCCGCUUGGCAAAAGGGUUACACCGGAAAAGGAGUGGUUGUCUCAAUUUUAGAUGAUGGAAUUCAAACAAAUCACCCAGACCUUGCACUCAACUACGACCACGAAGCAAGUACAGACAUUAACGACAAUGACGACGACCCGAUGCCGCGUGACAACGGAGAUAAUAAACAUGGAACUCGUUGUGCUGGCGAAGUGGCUGCCGUAGCCUUUAACCAAUAUUGUGGCGUAGGAGUUGCUUACAAUGCCAGCAUUGGAGGAGUGCGAAUGCUUGACGGACCGGUAAAUGAUGCUGUAGAGGCAAGAGCUUUAGGUCUCAAUCCCGAACACAUCGAUAUAUAUUCAGCCUCCUGGGGACCCGAGGACGAUGGUAAGACAGUCGAUGGCCCCGGUCCACUGGCAAGACGAGCUUUUAUCUAUGGAGUUACUAGUGGCCGCAAAGGAAAAGGCUCAAUAUUUGUGUGGGCGUCAGGGAACGGCGGUCGUCAUACAGAUUCAUGCAACUGUGACGGUUACACCAAUAGUAUUUUCACAUUGUCAAUAUCAAGUGCAACACAGGGGGGAUAUAAACCCUGGUACCUAGAAGAGUGUAGUUCAACACUAGCAUCAACAUACUCAUCUGGGACUCCCGGUAAUGAUAAAAGUGUCGCAACUGUCGAUAUGGACGGUAAAUUACGGCCCGAUCAUAUUUGUACCGUUGAACAUACUGGUACAUCAGCGUCAGCACCUCUGGCUGCUGGUAUUGCUGCCCUAGCACUCGAAGCUAAUCCAAGUUUAACUUGGAGAGAUAUGCAAUAUUUAGUUGUGUUAACAUCAAGAUCUGGACCACUCGAAAAAGAAACUGGAUGGAUACUCAACGGAGUCAAGAGGAAAGUUUCGCAUAAGUUUGGCUAUGGGCUAAUGGAUGCGGGCGCAAUGGUCAAUCUUGCUGAACAAUGGACAAAUGUGCCGCCUCAGCAUAUUUGCAAAUCUCAAGAGAUCAAUGAGGAGCGAUCUAUAGAUUCAUCUUUUGGUUAUACUCUCAGUGUUUACAUGGACGUAAGUGGCUGCGCUGGGACUAUUAAUGAGGUCCGUUUUCUAGAGCAUGUUCAGUGCAAGGUGUCAUUAAGAUUUUUCCCUCGAGGAAACCUCCGCCUGUUGCUGACCUCACCCAUGGGCACUACCUCAACAUUACUUUUUGAACGACCAAGAGACGUACUCAGUUCCAAUUUCGAUGAUUGGCCAUUCCUGAGUGUACAUUUCUGGGGUGAAAAAGCUGACGGUCGGUGGACGUUACAGAUCAUCAAUGCUGGCAAUAGACGAGUCAAUUCACCCGGAAUACUGAAGAAAUGGCAAUUGAUAUUCUACGGAACGGCAACCAAUCCCAUUAGAUUACGAACUCGUCAAUUUAAUCCGGUACAUCAUCAGUCGUAUUAUUCUUCAUACAAUCCCUCUGAAUUAUCCUUCCCGCACGAUCGCUCAUUGGGUGGAUCUGAUCAACACAACGAGUUCGAUUUUCGUCAAUCUGUCUUUCAGAAUUAUCCGAGUGCUUACGCGGGUGCUGCCUCCAAUAUCCAAUCGUCAGUAGCAUCCUUAGACGGAUCAUCGGCCUCCAUUCUUACCAACCGAUUACCUGGUGAUGUCUCCGACGAUAUAUCUAGAUCACUCCAGGGGUCUCUAGAUCCUUCCAAGAGAGUUUUACACGACUGCGAUCCACAGUGCGACCAUCAGGGAUGUUAUGGAACAGGUCCAACAGAGUGUAUUGCCUGUAAAACCUAUCGACUUGAUAAUAUGUGCGUAAGCCGUUGCCCGCCAAGAAGUUUUCCAAAUCAAGGUGGUGUUUGUUGGCCUUGCCACGAAUCAUGUGAAACAUGCGCUGGUGCUGGCCAAGACUCUUGUCUAUCAUGUGCUCCAGCUCACUUAAGAGUUACUGAUCUUGCCGUUUGCCUUCAACAAUGUCCCGAGGGUUACUAUGAAAAUACUGAAAAUAACACAUGUGUACCAUGUGAAGCAAAUUGUGGGAGUUGUCAAGACCGUCCCGACCACUGUACAACGUGUGAUCAUCAUCUGGUAAUGUACGAGAGUAAAUGUUACGCCGCUUGUCCUCUGUACACCUACGAAACACAAGAUUACAACUGCGCGGCGUGUCACAAUAAUUGUGAAACAUGUAAUGGUACCGGUGAAAAUCAGUGUAUCAGCUGCAAGCCCGGAUUCUUUUCACUUAAUGGUAUGUGCCAAAGUUCGUGCCCAGUGGGCUACAGCGCAGAUAAAAAACGCCGAGAAUGUAUGCCCUGUCCACUCGGGUGUAAAACUUGCGUAACAUCAAGCUGCACUAGCUGCAUCGACGGAUGGAGUAUCAGCAAAAAAGGUAUCUGUGUCCCGGAUAGCCGCAGCAAGUGCAACGCUGCCGAGUACUUUGACACCGAUAUUUGCAAACCGUGUCAUACGAGUUGUGAAACCUGUGCCGGACCAUCAGAAGAUUUUUGCACAUCCUGUUCGAGCCCGCUGCUGCUUCAAAGCCGACGGUGUGUCGCCCAGUGUGAGGAUGGUUAUUAUUCAUUAGCCCAACCAUCGCGACCCAUUUGCUCGCCGUGUCUCCACACCUGCAAAACCUGUGUAUCACGACUUAAUUGCACAGCGUGUCAAGAGGGAUUGCAAUUACAAAGCGGCGAGUGUAGAUCAUCCUGUGCACAAGGAUACUACAGUGACCGCGGCCAGUGUGCUAAGUGUUAUCUCUCGUGUAAAACAUGCUCCGGUCCACGGAGAGAUCAGUGUGUUAGUUGCCCGCAAGGAUGGCAACUAGCUGCCGGUGAGUGCCAUCCAGAAUGCCCGGAGGGGUUCUUUAAAUCAAAUUUCGGGUGUCAAAAAUGUCAUCAUUACUGUCGCACUUGCAAAGGUGAAGGCCCCCUCGAGUGCACUUCCUGUCCGCCUCAUUCUAUGCUCGAGGGCGGACUCUGCAUGGCAUGUCUAGGUGCACAGUACUACGAUCCGCUGACACAACUUUGCAAAAAUUGCCAUGGUGAUUGCCGACGCUGCACCGGCCCGGGAAAAUUCAGCUGUGCUGCUUGUACUCUACCGCUACACUUUGAUAAACUUAAUAAUCAGUGCGUGCCAUGCUGUCCGGCCAAUAAGAAAAAGUCGGAAAAUGAUGAAUGUUGUGUUUGUGAUCCAGAAACUAGUGGCUGUAGGAACAGUUCACCGGCUGGUAAAAGACGUGUACCUGGUAGUGAAAUUGGCGGUGAUACGAUACCACAAUUUGAUACUGGAUUUGAAAGUCUUAGUAGUGACAUUAAAGAUCAUAAUCCUAGUUAUGCUGUUACUGCUGCGACCAUGAUGGCUGUUGCUAUUUGCGUUGCGUCUGUUGCCUUAUUUGUAGCUAUUUUUGUUGCCUUACAGGCUGUAUCAAGAAAACGUGAAUCUUCAAAUGGAUAUACCAAACUGGCGAUGAGAGUUGAACCAUCUGAUGAAAUAGAAGUUGAUGAUAUGACCGAGCUUAUGACCUAGACCUUAUUAAUAAAUGAAUGAAGAAAUGAUAAUUAAGUUUCACUUGAAAGAGCUUUCCAACUUUUGGAAAUAAAUAAUUAAUUAAAAACUCAUCAAGUGACAUAUGUGCUUUCUCCUCAUCGCGUAAUAUUGAAAAAGAACAAGAGUACGCUGUAUAAUGUGAAAUUAAUUUUUAUCAAACAAUGAUAAAAUGCUAGAUAUUGAUUUGUUUUUCGGUGAGGAGAUUAAAUGAUAAUUUAAAUUGUCUGCAUGUAUGUAAUUUAAGCAAAGAAAAUUACUGAUUGAUGAGUGAUGUUAAGAAAUGAAUGGGUUAGUGUUUAUAGUGUAAACUAAAUAUUCAACCAAUGAUGACAUGAAAAAACAACAAAAUAAUGUGAUUCACUGAGAGGCAAUUAUUAUUGAGUGUAAUUGACAUUGUAACUUGUACAAGAGUGAUUAAGGGAUAUCGUAAAGUGCCUGAUUAGUGAUACCCACUCCAUUCAAACUUACUCUACUGUUCUUUAAUAAUUUCCAUUUCUUCUAAUUUAGUACUUUAUAUGAUAGAAUUUAUUUUAAUAUUAUCAUUGGAUAAAUUGCAUUGUUUAAGAAAAUAACUUGAAAGAUGAGGAAAUUUAAAUGUGCGUAAGUGAAUUGUAUCUUCACUCAACAAACAUCGAAAAAUUUAAAUUAAAUUAACAGGCACUUAUUAAAAACGGCUAAAUAUAUUGACAUUAGCCACAAUUUUAUGCCUCUAUACUCUAAUUAUUAUUAUUAAAUAUUAAGAAUCUUGUACAUUUGUAUAAAAAAAAGGGGAAAAAAACAAAAAACGACAAGAACAAAAAUUCAAAAA